AUGUUAGAACUACGCACCUCACAGCCUAAACGAAGACGAACUUCCGCAAGUCCAGACGAUUCUGUGUCAAGCAAGCGAUCAGAUUUAGGCAUCGAGAGAGAUGGUUUGGUUCCAUCUGGAUCUAAAGUGGCAGAUGAAGACCAGGAAUUGUUUGAUGACUCCGGGCACAAUGAUCAGGAAGCGGGCUUGGAAGAGUCUCUCCCUCCCCUAAAAACGGACGAAGAUGCCAUCGAAGAGUAUGAACAGUGGAAAACCUCAUUGGAUACUGAAGAUCAGCCUGUGACGACGCAGCAGAGAUUUGACCAAAGAAAAUGGAUUAAAGGAGAGAGCUCUAUCUAUGUCGAUGCCUUCAACUACGCUCUCGAUAGCGUCCUAGAGGAUGAAAGCCAUCUCUUCAUCGAAGCAGAGAAAUCCGUGUUUGAUUAUUGGAAACGGCUAUGCUAUGAAUCUCAAUACCUGUCCAGUUUAGCCGCCUGGCAUCGUGUCAAUAGAUUGGGUUACUAUCGAGACAUUGCAGAUAUACCAAAGGCUGUCGCUGAUCUUCGGAAGAUAAGAAAAUUACCAAAAUCAAACGGUGAUCUAGUUUCUACUAGAAAAGGACUAGAAGUGCCUGUAACUGCACUUGGCAAUGAGUUUAAAUUUGCGGACGGUAUGGAGGAAAUAGAGACCAUAGAAGAGGCAUCCUCGUUACUCCUGCUUGACGAACUGAAAGCCUUAGCAAAAGCUGCGAAAAUACCAGGCAAAAACAAGAAAGAUCUGAUAAAGGGCCUGUGCAAUGCAAGCAGCAGCCAGACGGGACUAGCUUGGAUUUCACCCUCUGAUGCAGAAAGGGAGGGAGAUACCGAUGCUACAUCUAUUGGGCAUACUGCUGGUAAUAAUAAAACCGGGAUAAGAACUGCAUUCUUCCAGAAAAAGAUCUUUGACUGUACUGGUGAUUGCAUACGACUCUCAAGUGGCCCCCUGAAACUCUUCGAACGUGUCCACUUGGUCUUUUACCGUUCUACCCAGUGGUCAGAAAAGUCCCUCAUAUCAAUAAUACUGGCAAAAAUAUCUAGAAAGAACUAUCCAAGCUAUAUUGUCAGUCGGUCAAAUUCUAUAUUUCCCUCCAGGCCUGAUUUGCUCGAAUUUGAAGCGGCGCUUCGUACGCAGUUUGAUAUGGACAAGGAAAUGGAGUCUAAUGGCUCAUCGAUUGACGAGAAGAUAAAAAUCGUCAGGCAAAUUGCGGAGGCAGUAUAUCCUAGGUGGAAGGCAUUACUCCGAGAAGAGCAAUCGAAAGAAGAACGGUUGUACGAUUACGGAGAAGGCGCAUAUCUACGCAGAUUUUCUCCUGCUUGGGUGUACACCCGGAUCAUACAUAAAGGCCUGUGGUCUCUUGGGCGCCUUAAGGAACAUAAACUAGAGCAUGAAACUUUGAAGGAACUGCUAGAUCAGCGUCUCUUUCAUUCAGCUAGGCGAGGGACUUGGUAUCAGCGCAAGGCGCUGCUCGAAGAACAUUAUAUGUGGUCACUGGACACCAGCGAUAAUCUCUCUGAUGAUGGUCGAAAGAGAAAAUGGAGGCAUCAGGCCCUUCGUACUUGUGAAGACGGGCUUCGAGACCCAGAUUGCCAUAUAAUCUUCCAUUAUAAUCUACAGAAACGAAUAACGAAACUGGAGAGAUCCCUAAAGAUAGCGAAGCGGGAACAGCACGAUUUUUCCCAUGUCAUGCUCGCGAAACCUGAAGAACGGACCGUACAAGGAAUCCGCAUUGAAAAGGAACUUCCAGUAAAACAACUUAAUGGAAAAUCAGCUGGCAACAAUGAUGUGAAAGUCAAAGGCCGCCCGACCGUUUGGGUUGAUGAAAGGGAAGGAGGGGGUGAAUGCAGAGUUGAAAACAUGUGCCUUAGUUGGUAUAGAGAUCAUGGAUGGAAAGGCUUCCAUUGUGAAAGCGGUAUCCUGCGGACUCUCUUUGGAUACCUAUUCUACGAUAUUAUGUUUACCUACAUCCCAAAUGUCUUUCAAACUCCAUUCCAAACCUGCCCCUUGGAUUUACAUACAGAUUCAUUCUAUUCCUCUCGAGUAUCUGAGAUUAAUUCUAGAUUGGCUCAAAUAUCAAAUGGCGAAGCACAAAAUAUUAUCUGCGGAGUCCAUGAACGUGAAUCGUCAAAACAAACCUGUGCCAUUGGCAUUGACUGGUCCUUCGCACUCAGUGAUCUUAUUGAGAUUGCCCAAUGUUUUCGAGGUGAGGCACUAGCAACUAUAUGCCAGGUGAUGGCGCAAGAAUACCAACAACGCGGUGGAGGUAUUCCAGACCUUUUCCUCUGGCGUAUGGAUACCAAAGAGGUGAUGUUUUCGGAGGUCAAGUCCGAAAGUGAUCGUUUAAGUGAUACUCAACGACUUUGGAUUCAUGUGCUUACGGGGGCUGGCGUGAAGGUCGAACUGUGCAAUGCUGUUGCACGCGAAACCAGGUAUAUCUAG